AUGGGUCCCACAAGUCCAGUAUCUCCAGUAAAGCCCGUUCCUCCAGUUGCACCUGUCACACCAAUGAACCCCGUACUGCCCGGAUCUCCGGUUCGACCAAGCUGCCCGGUGGAUCCUGGUACUCCGGUUUUACCAGUUGAUCCUAUUGGUGGACCAAGCGAGCCUGUAAAACCCAACCUACCUGUGGGUCCUUUGUCACCCGUAGCGCCAGUAGAUCCUGUGGAACCAGUAAAUCCCAGCGAUCCUGCGGCACCAGGAUUUCCUGCGUUACCGGGGGAGCCGGGCCCACCUUGCGCUCCCUGCAUCCCAGUUGGGCCAGGAGAUCCACUACUUCCAGUAAAACCCUUGGAUCCUGGAGCACCCACGGGGCCACUUGGUCCAGUUCUUCCCGUGUUACCAGCAUCUCCAGGCUGUCCAGAGAAGCCAGUGUCCCCAGUGGCUCCUGUCGAACCCCCUGUUGGACCUACCGGACCUAUCACUCCAGUGGGACCUUUCUGGCCAGUACUUCCUGUGGCUCCCGUCAAUCCAGUUACUCCAAUCUGUCCUGAUGGUCCAGGAUUUCCGGGAAAACCCGAAGAACCGGAGGCACCAAUGGUUUGUCCAGUAAACCCUGGUUGUCCAGCUGGGCCGGUUGCACCUUUCAAUCCAGUUGCUCCCGUAAAACCCGGUAACCCAGUAAAUCCUGGCAAUCCACUUGCUCCCGUAAAACCAUCUAAUCCUUUAAGCCCUGUGAAACCCGUAAAACCCGUACCCCCUUUAGGUCCUUGUUGUCCAGAUGAACCAAUUGACCCAGAAAAUCCUUGCUCUCCAGUGGAUCCAGUAGCACCUGUCAAACCGGUUGAUCCUGAAAUACCUGUCGCACCAAAGUUAAACGAACCUUGCAGCCCAGUAGAUCCAGUUGGACCCAAAGCUCCAGGUGUACCACCUACACCUUUCAAACCAGGAUUUCCAGGAAAUCCGGGGUUACCUGUUCCUCCAACGGGUCCAGUAGCUCCUGUAAAACCGGUUUGUCCAGAUGAUCCCGUAACACCAGGACUUCCAUUUGGUCCUUGUGUUCCUUGCAUUCCUUGA